AUGUCGCGAGUUGGCGAUCUUCCUGACAUUGAGAAGGAGCACAAUAUUACCAUGAAACCUAGGAGACUGAGUCCUAUCUUGGAGAAAUUUGGUAUGUUAACCGGAAAUUUGGAUCGUGACAAUAGAUUGGAUGAGCUUCUAAAGGCGGUGAAGCACAAGUGUCGUGUAACAGAGAAGAAACAAGCUGGUGAUUAUGAUCCUUUCUGGCCAGAUGAUGCAGUUCCUGUGGUGCGUGCUCUUGAGCAUGUUUUAUUUGAGUCUUUCGCAGAGGAUAUGCCAAAGUACAAUAACAUAUCGAAGGAGCUAGUUGAUACACUCAAGAACGGUCAUACUCUUGACGAGAUAACAACUGUCAUCGAAGAACACCACUGA